GGUACACAAAGAUAUCGCACGUGUACCGAUUUCUUGGCAUUAGUGGGGAUUUAAGCGUUAAGAAAAAUGUGUCUGAUAAAUGCACAUCCUUCCUGUAUUAACAUGAGUAAAUAUAGCUACGGUACUAUGCUUGCAGAUGCUAAGUUACCCUGACUGAAGGCGGUGUGGAUAGGACUAGCAAGCAAGCUAGUUGGUGAUGCUGAGGAGGGGUAUAAAAGGAAUUCCUAAAUAUGAGUGAUGACAAACCGUUCUUAUGUUCUGCUGCUGGGUGUGGUCAGCGAUUUACAAAUGAAGACCAUUUGGCUGUCCACAAACACAAGCACGAGAUGACACUAAAGUUUGGUCCAGCAAGAGACAACAGUGUCCUAGUGGCCGACCAAACGCCAACACCUACACGCUUUUUGAAGAACUGUGAGGAAGUUGGACUCUUCAACGAGCUUACCAGUCCUUUGGUGCAUGACUUCAAAAGAGCUGCUGUGUAUGACAUCAAAAAGAUGCCCUUGGAUUUGUCACCUCUUGCCACACCGAUGAUCAUACGAAACAAAAUUGAGGACCACUCAGUUGUGGCAGCACAUCGGGACAGCCCUCUGCCCCAUCCGGAAUCUACAACAAGUGAUGACAAGGAGGUAUCUUUGCAGCCGACCUCACUGCCGACCUCUGCUAUAGUCCAUCCUGCAUCCCUCCACGUCCCCAAUGUACUCCUAGCAACCUCAGACGCUAGUGUUGUUAUACAGCAGGCUCUCCCAUCGCCAACGUCUAGCUCUGUAAUUACCCAAGCCCCAUCCACUAAUAGGCCAAUAGUUCCAGUCUCUGGCACGUUCCCUGUAAUCUUACAGCUGCCUAAUGGACAGACGAUGCCCAUCGCUAUCCCAGCAACCAUCGCAUCCAGUGUGCCCAGACCAACCGCCAUUCCUAAGCUGAGAGCCGUAGUGAGCCAGCAGCUCCCUCAGGUAACCAAUGAAGAUGCUGGUGUUGUCAAGAGCAGUGCUGUGACCCACAUUGCAGCCCUGGCUCCAGCCUUGACCCCUUCCCCUGGUCCAGCCACAUCACCUGCCCCUCCCCCGGUCCCGCCUGAGGAACCCAGCCCCCAGCCCCUCCAGCAGCCUGCCACCUCCACCACUGAGACGCCUACGUCCCCUGCCCAGCACACCCCGAUCACAGGGGGCCGGCGGCGCAGAGCCACCAGCGAGGACCCGGACGAGAAGAGGCGCAAGUUCCUGGAACGCAACCGAGCAGCGGCGUCCCGCUGCAGACAGAAGAGGAAGGUCUGGUUGUCUUCACUGGAGAAGAAGGCUGAGGACCUCAACUCUAUGAACGGACAACUACAGAAUGAAGUCACCCUGCUGAGAAAUGAAGUGGCUCAGCUGAAGCAUCUUCUUCUGGCUCAUAAAGAUUGCCCUGUAACCGCCAUGCAGAAGAAAUCAGCCUAUCACACGUCUGAGAAGGAGGACAGCUGUGAGGAGAUGUCAGUCCCGGACAGCCUUCAGAGCGAGGUCAUCCAGCACAGCUCCGUCAGCACAUCCAACGGAGUCAGCUCCUCCUCCACGACCCCUGCUGCCUCCGCCCCUGCUUUGGCCCACGUCCCAACCACAGCAGACCAGAGCACGGAGGAAGGCCAGCCCCAGGGGGGUGGUGCCCAGACUCAGCCCUCGGGAAGCUGA